AUCUGUGUUUGCCAAAACAACACAUGUUUUUCAUGUUGUGCAGCAAUAAUUACUAAAAAUUUAGUGUUAUUGGUUUUUGCGACAUACCAAAAUGCCGAAGACUAAAAAGUUUAUAGACCGAAAGAAAGCUGUAACAUUUAACUUGGUCCAUCGUUCUCAAAGAGAUCCUUUAAUCGCUGAUGAGAAUGCACCACAGCGUGUUCUUGUACCAGUUAAUGCUGUAGUACCGCCAAAGAAGGAGAAAGACCCGGAUUUAACUUUAGAUCAGAGAAAAGAAGAGCAACGUAAAUAUGGCAUAUACUUUGAUGAUGAUUACAAUUAUCUACAACAUCUUAAAGAUACAAAAGAAGUCACCAUGGUGUUGCAGCCAAAAAGUUCACAUAACAGAAAAGAGAAGAAAGAAACAGAUAUAGAAGGAAAUGAGAAUACAAAAGACAUAUCGGAAACAUUAAAACUUCCAAGUUCUGUGUUUGCUUCGGAAGUUGAAGAGGAUGUGGGAAUGUUGAAUAAGGCUGCAACACAAGGUCUAUGUUUGAACCUGGACCCCGAGGUGGUGGCGGCUCUUGACGAUGACUUUGACUAUGAUGAUCCUGACAAUCAACUUGAAGAUAAUUUUAUUGAAAUGGCUAUGGGAGAAGGUGAUGAUGAUGAAUAUGAUGAAGACGAGAGCUUGUCUGCUGAUGAUUCAGAUAAAGCGUUUGUAAGUGAUUUGGAUUCAGAUGAUGAUUCACAGGGUGAAGAUAGAGGGAGACCUAAAAUGCCGUCGUGGCUGGAGCGAGACAAGGACGACACGAAGUCUCGUUUCUCUCAAUAUUCCAUGUCUUCUAGCGUCAUACGACGUAAUGAAGGCCUUUCUUUGUUGGACAAUAGAUUUGAAAAGAUGUUUGCGGAAUACGACGACACGGAACUCGGAGCGUUGGAUCUAGAAGAUAUCGAAGGUUUCUUACCUCCUUCUCAUGACAUGCUGCUGCGAGCUGCUGAGGAGUUUGAAGAGUCACAGAGAAGAUACCAGCUGGAUAAAGAAAAGGAAAUUUCAAGAUUACAACAUCUCCAAGAGAUAGAAGAGGAGUCAGAAGAAGAGUUGAUGAGAGUGGAGGUGGAGCCCAAAGAGAGAUGGGACUGCGAGACUAUACUCUCUACUUACUCCAAUUUGUACAACCAUCCUAAAGUUAUUGAAGAACCCAAGAAACCGAAGAAAAUAGCAAUAAACGCGAAAACUGGUAUUCCAAAAGACGUUCUCGGUAAAGAUAAUAAACUGACAUUGAAGACGUUGGCAAAAUUUAACGCACAGCAACAAGAGGAGAGUAACUCAGAAGACGAACAGACACAAGCGGAGACAGUUUUAUCAACACUUAGCGUAUUAUCCAUAAGACCCAAAGACGAAUCGGCAGAAGAGAAGAAAGAACGAAAACGUCUUCUAAAGGAAUACAGAAAAGAAAGAAGAAUAGAGAAGAAGGCGAACAAAGAAGCUUUCAAAGAAGAGAAGAAACGACAGGAAAAGAUAAUGUUGAACAAUAGAAAUAAUGUUCAAGGUAAUAAAAUAUUUUAAAUUAAGUAAAAAUGUAUUUUAUUUUUGAAUAAAUUUAAUAUUUACAAAUAUAUUGUAA